GGACGGAGACAAGACUUCAGUGCGGACGGGCCUGCGCCGCCUGCGGACAAUACCGAGUGAAGUGCGCACAGCGAGCCCGGGGAACGCGUCGCCUCGCGUCCGAGACCGCAACCCGCAACGAGUCGAACCGAUACGUGUCCGGGACGUACCCGUGUGUGUGUGAGAGAGAGAGAAAGAGAAAGCGAGGGAGAGAGAAGAAGAGCGAUCGCGCGUGUGAGCGUGUGCCAUACCGGAGUGCGACCAGUGCCGUGUUACACGGAGGCACCCUUCCCCAGUGCAGUGUCGUGCCCCUCCCCGUGGUGGUAGUGCAGUGAAGUGUCUGGGCGGGGUGGGCCCUGGCCCGGCCCUGGCCCUUGGGCCCCGGUGCCCAGUAUGUGAGACCGCCCGCCCGCCUGUAGCCGAGCCGGCCAUGCUGCUGCUGCUGUGGGCCCCCCCGGCCCCCGCGGCCUUCGCGAGCCCGAGGCCCAGGACCUCGAGGGGGUGGUCGCCGUGGUGGCUGCCGGCGCUGGUGCUGGCGCUGGCGAUCCAGGGCGCGCAGGCGGCCCGGGGGUCGGUGCACUGCGCAGAGCGGAGGGACAUCACCCCCUGCACGUGCAACCCCAUGACGAGGUCCAGGAGCAUCGAGGUGAUGUGCGAGCGCAUGACGUCCUUCGGCCAGGUGGUGACGGCGCUCCACGGCCGCUUCCAGCCGGGCGUCCACAUCGCCCUGUCCGUGUCCUUCUCGCAGCUCGACGACAUCCCCGAGCGAGGCUUUGACGAGCUGGGGCUCUCCGUGACCAAGCUCACGCUCAAGGGCAACAAGCUCAGCCAGCUGCCCGAGGAGGCCUUCGCUGGACUCAACGGCACCAGCUACCUCAACCUGGCGGACAACGCGCUGCCCGAAAUCCCGACGCCCGUGCUCGCGCUCAUGCCCAAGGUGCGCACGUUGGACCUUAGCUGCUCGAGGGUCACCACGGUCAGGACGCAGGACCUGCAGGUGCUGCCGGAGCUCCAGCACCUCGUUCUGGUGGGCAACGCCCUCACCACCCUGGAGAAGGGGUCGAUACCCAAGACGCUGAAGCAUCUCCACCUCGGGCGCAACGAACUGAAACACCUUAACGGAACCCUCCGGGAGCUCCUGGAUUUGGAGUGGCUGUUCCUGAACUUCAACCAGCUGUCGACGCUGGACGGAGAGCUGCCGGAGCGCGGCAUGGAGAAGCUGCAUCUCGUCUUUGUCGCCAACAACCGGCUCGAGAGGCUGCCCGACGAGCUGCGCUUCUGCCCGCGCCUCGAGACCAUGCUGGCCAGCAACAACUCCAUCGUCAGCCUGAACGGCGUGUUCUCGCGCGCGCGACGGCUGCAGCUGCUCGAGCUGGGCUACAACAAGAUCAGGACGCUAGCCGAGGACGAUUUCCUCGAGGCCGAGAACAUUGAGGAGCUGCACCUCGGCAACAACGAGAUCGAGUCGCUCAACUCGUCGCUACUGCGCAUCCGCGAGCUGAACUUGCUCAACCUAACGCACAACAGGCUGACCGAGUUCAGCCUGCAGGAAAUCCACGGCCUGCAGCGGCUCAAGAUCGUCGACCUCACCUACAACCGCAUUGCACGGCUAAGCGGCCGUAUGGAGAACGUGGUCGACUCAGAGACGCGGGUAGAGGAACUCCGCCUAGAGUACAACGCCCUGGUGUCGCUGGACGGUGCCCUGGGCGGGAUCCAGGGCCUCGAGAGGCUGAACCUGAGCCACAACAUGCUGGCGAGCAUCUCACCGGACGACCUGAUCGGCCUGGACCAGCUCAAGGCCCUCGACGUCAGCUUCAACCAGCUGCACACGCUCGAGGAGACCUCCAAGACGUUCAUGCCCGCGCUGGAGGAGCUGAUGGCCUCGCACAACCUGCUCACCUCGCUGGAGCGGGACUUCCACGGCCUGCCCGCGCUGUGCCGCGCCGACCUGAGCAGCAACAACAUCAGCCGCAUUCACCAGGAGCUCACGGCCAAGACGCGCUGCAAGGUGCACGGCGUCAACAGCGUGCUGCGCAUCGUGCUGUACGACAACCCGGUGCGCUGCGACGAACAGCUGGCGCGCGCGCUGCUGGUGUUCCAGACCAACCUGACGGAGCUGCAGGGCGUGCCCACGUGCACGCUCACGCUGCCGCAGAUGCUGCUGCUGUCUGUGGGCGUGCAGGGCGUGCAGGGCGUGCAGGUACCCAUGGGCUCGCUGUCCAUGCCGGUGCACGUGCCGGUGCAGAUGCCCGUGCUGCCCGCCAUGUACUCGGGCGUGUCGGGCGUCAUGGGCGUGCCGGGAGCCCCGGCCCCCGCCCUCAUGCUCAACGGCUACCCCAUCGCCCCGUUGCAGCCCUUGGCGCCGCCAGUCGCGCCCACGACCACGACUACGACAACCUCGACCACGACGACCACAACAACGACCACAACUACGCCGCCGCCGCCACCCGAAACUACGACCAGUGAAGCCACAGAGUUGACGACGGGUCCGACGACCACGGUGACUCCCCAAGUGACCGAGGAAGUGACAACCGCCUUGCCACCAAGCACUACGACUACCACACCAGAGGUGUCGGAGCCUGGCGCGGGUUUGCCCUCGGGCCCGGAAGAAAGUCCUGAUUCUGAAUCGGAAAGUGUCCCGGUCGCGGCGCCGGAACUGGAGGCCGUGCCGGAAGCUGUCCCGGCGCCCCUCGUCCCACUACCCGCUAUCACACUGCCGGAAGAAGACGACCGGCUGGUGGUGCCCGUGCUGAAGGAGCUUCCCCCCGUGAUCCAGCUGCUGCAGCCGGAGGUGAGCGUGCAGCCGUCCAAGGACCUCCCCAGGCUGGUGGACGACGAGCUGCUCGUCCUGGCCGCCGCGCCGCUCCCCCCGCCUCCUCCGCCUACGGCCCCGCCGAGCAGCACGUCGACGCCUCCGACCGCGCCGCCGGCCCCGCCGCCAAGCCAGCAGCCCCCGGAGGAGCCCCCCGAGAGCCCCAAGGUGGACGAGAGCGGCGACGAGCCUCCCGACGAGCCGGCUGGGAAGGCGCCACCUCCGGCCAGCACGACGCCGUCGACGGCCGCGGCCGCGGAGCCCCCUCCACAGCCCCCGCCCGCCCCACAGCCCGCUCUGGAACCGAUGGCAGCCGACAGUCCGCCGGAGAUGUCAGAGUUACAGCCCCUCAUCCUCAUCAAGCUGCUCAACGAGACGGCACUCCCUGUCCCGCUCCCCGACGCCCUGCCUCUUGAGCCCACGGCUCCGGGCGCUGCUUAGGCAUCGUCUAGCCUAGGCUGACCUAGGCCCGCCCGCUGGGUCCUCCACUUCUCGCGUUCACAGUAUUCCCAUAGCCCCUCUCUGCCCGUGUGAUGUUAGCCCCAAGGACACACAGUGCUGUGCAUGAUCAUAAAGAAAGUUUUGUAAAAAGUUUGUUUACCUUCGUAAACGUUCCCAUUAUCCCCUAUUGUAAUUUAUACAUAUCUAUAGAUGUAAUACUAAAUAAGCAGGAAGAAGCGUUAUUGCAUGUUGUGUAACCGUUGACCGUGUUACAUAUUGUGAUAGACUCAGCCAAGAGAAAUGUAAGGUAUUUUAUUGAAAAGACCAAGCUGUAGAUUGUAAAUAUAGUAACAAGUGCAAACAAGGAUCAUGUUGAAUAAUGAGAAUGAAUAACUGUAUUUUCAAAUUAAUAUUGCAGCAUAUUACACAGCUGACAACACAAUAUUGUUGUCAAAAACAUGGUUACUUAAGUUUCUAAUAAUUUCUAUAUUUUUGCCCUUUUCAGGCUUGAGCGAGUAAUCAGCAAUUUAAACUGUGUUGAAAGGAGUUUGUAAAAAUUGAGUUGAGUGAGGUUUAGAAAUUUUGUGAGGGAAAGAAUGACUUUCCCUCUUGUGAUUAGAAAUUAUCAGUCUUUGUUUGAGCUUGAUUUAAACAAAAUAGGACAGUGUUGAUUUUAGAAUUAACGAAGGAAGUCAAAAUUGUUAUCAUUGCUUAGAAUACCCACCCCCCACCAAAUACAAAAUUUGGCUUCCCCACAAAACAGAAUUAUGACUUUCCUGACCCAAUCUUUUCUGAGGCUUCAAUUGUGUUACAUAUUAGGUUCCAUAGUGUUAAGGUAAUU